AUGUCAAACUCAUCUGACUCAGAAUAUGUGGAAGAAGAAUACGAGGAGGAUGAUGAUGAAGAAGUUGAUAAGGUGAUACCUGGAUGGAUGCAACCCUUCCUUGAAGCAUCGUACUUCACUUGUUGCGAGGAACACAAUGAUUUAGAAAAGAACGGACUGAAUAAGUUUUGCGUGACAUGUGUUGCACCUCUAUGCAAACAUUGCAUUCAAACAAAGGUCCAUAAACGACAUGAAUUGCUAACGAUUUAUCAUCAUUCGCACAAGGAUGUCGUUCCAUUGAAACAAAUUAAGAAGCAUAUCCGUUGUUCCCAAAUCCAGAAAUAUGUGCAACUAGCGUGCACGGGUUUAGCUCAGUCGUCUGGUAAAGGUAGUAUUUGGGAGAAGAAUAUGUGGGACCAGUAUACAAAUGCAACAGACAAUGGGUUUUGUGUAGCAUUUUCGUGUAUGUGCAGAAUAUGUGCAACUAGCGUGCACGGGUUUAGCUCAGUCGUCUGGUAUACAAAUGCAAUAGACAAUGGGUUGUGGCACUUCAUCUACCCGAGAGCAAUGAAGCUGAAGGAUCAAGAUCACAACAUAACGAGAGUGAAAUCUGUAGAAAAUGAGAGAGAAGAGGCGGAGAUAGAAGCGCCGCCGCCUGUUGUAGUAAGACACAGAAGGAAAGGAAUACCUCAUAGAUCUCCACAGUGA